UAAAUGGCGCCCAAGCAGGACCCCAAGCCCAAAUUCCAGGAGGGUGUGUAUCAAAGCACUCCCAUGGACAUCGGUGGGCAUUUAAGCCAAUGAAAGAUUUUUGUUUUUUGUAGGACUGUCAAGAUUUUCUCUUCUUGAGGUUGAGAAGUGAACGAGUGCUGUGUUUCCAUGGACCUCUCCUUUAUGAAGCAAAGUGUGUAAAGGUUGCCAUAAAGGACAAACAAGUGAAAUACUUUAUACAUUACAGUGGUUGGAAUAAAAACUGGGAUGAAUGGGUUCCAGAAAGCAGAGUGCUCAAAUACGUGGACACGAAUCUGCAGAAACAGAAAGAACUUCAAAAGGCCAAUCAGGAACAAUAUGCAGAGGGCAAGAUGAGAGGUGCUGCUCCAGGGAAGAAGACAUCUGGUCUGCAACAGAAAAAUGUUGAAGUAUUUUUCAGACGAGAUGGAGCGCAUACUGUUUGCUGUUUGGAGACGCCUACAAUAUCGACACGGAAAACAAAAAAGAACAAACAGAAAACUCCUGGAAUUGGGGAAGGCAGCAGUACCAGCGAGACUCCCCAGCCUCCUAGGAAGAAAAGGGCUCGAGUAGAUCCCACAGUUGAAAGUGAAGAAACAUUUAUGAACAGAGUUGAAGUAAAGGUAAAAAUUCCAGAAGAGCUGAAACCAUGGCUUGUUGAUGACUGGGAUUUGAUCACCAGGCAAAAACAGCUCUUUUAUCUUCCUGCCAAGAAGAACGUUGACUCAAUUUUAGAGGAUUACGCAAGCUACAAGAAAUCACGAGGAAACACUGAUAAUAAAGAAUAUGCUGUUAAUGAAGUUGUUGCUGGAAUAAAAGAGUACUUCAAUGUCAUGUUGGGGACUCAACUGCUAUACAAAUUUGAGAGGCCACAGUAUGCUGAAAUCUUAGCAGAUCAUCCCGAUGCGCCCAUGUCACAAGUCUAUGGUGCACCACACCUACUACGAUUAUUUGUACGAAUUGGAGCUAUGCUUGCCUACACCCCUCUUGAUGAGAAGAGCCUGGCUUUGUUGUUAAACUACUUGCAUGAUUUCUUGAAGUAUUUAGCGAAGAAUGCUUCCACGUUGUUUAGUGCCAGUGACUAUGAAGUAGCCCCUCCCGAAUACCAUCGGAAAGCAGUAUAACAGCAUGCUGUUGUAUAGUGAAGUAAUACUUGGAUCUCUGUAACAGUGCUGUCCAUUUCUACAUUUUGUUCUUUGUCCUUCCAUUGCACAUGUCUCUUGCACAGAUUAUGUAAAUUUAAAGUGAAUAAAGGGUGUUAAAACUGAACUGACAUUUGUAAGUUCUAAAGUUUUCUUUUGUUUGUUCUGAAACAGAAGCCUAAAUAAAAAGGCUUUGGGACCCCAUCAGUGGGAUGUAGCAAGAAAUGCAAUUAGCAUAUUUCGUUGUCUGAGCUCCUUAAAGUUUAUAGGUUCAUUGUUUUUGACACUAAGCUCUUACCUAACCUGCAUUAUUGCUUAGUGAUGACAAGUGUGCCACAGGGGUUGUGAUGUCCUAACUUACACGCUACUAAUUAGUCUGACUUUCAAGCCCACUCACUUUCUUGGUGUUUGAAGUGUAGCAUUUGUUAAUCCAUAAAUUCAUUCCUUGCCUAGAGAGUUGAAGGAUUGUGAUUUUUGUAUUCUAACAUAAUGGAAAAAUGCAUUAUUGUAUUUUGGUGUUCUGGAAAUGUUGGUCUUUCAAGGAGCUAUUUUACAAGUCUUCAAAUAAACUUUUUUAUUUCAAAGAUUA